GUUCUUAUCGUUAUCGUUAAUCAACAUGCGGUGGAUUCCCCUUCGGAUUAUCCCACUUCGGAUUUAUCCUCACCUUCAUUCGAAGAGAAUAACAACAUUUCAACCAUGGAUUCGCGUCCAACUGCCAAGGAGCUGUUUGACCGCCUCGAGUAUGAUGUCUCGCAGCUGCUGCAGCGGUUUGAGAAUAUCGUCGCUAUUGCCGCCAAAAAGUUCGAUGGAAGCAGUUACGUUGAUGCCGCUACGGAGGCCUUCCAAAUCGAUGUCGAAUCUACUGCCCUGAUCCGUGCCGCAGAGGACCUGCUCGCCUUGUCCCGUCUCAUGAAGGAGCUUUGGCUCUUCGGCCCGCUCGAUACCCUCGGCGAAGACGAACGCGAUGUCCAGCGUCGUGAGAAGCUUGAGGAGGAUGUCAAGGCCAUACAGGAGGCUCUUGAAGGAGGACUGUUGAUGCCAUCUUUUUUGGAUCUGCCAGGGAAGUCUGAGAAGCCCAAUGCCCAGGACUCUGAACAGGCCGAGAAGCUUGAGAAGACCGAGAAGUAA